AUGGAAUUGGAAGAAGAUCAUCGCAUCAGACCAGAGCUGCCUGUUGUGGAUUUGGAAGAAGAAGUGGUAGAAGUAAUCACAAACGGUGACGUCGUUGUGGAAAGCCCAGCACCGAAGAAAAGAAAAGAAGAAUCUAUAACCGACGAUUGCAUCAUCCUAGAUGACUCUGAUGAGAACCAACCGUGCACCAGUACACCAGUCCGAACUUUCGAAUUUGCCAAACCAGAAAAAUUGAAAAAGCUUGGCACAAAGCGCACGUCGAAAUUGCCGUGGAAUCCUCUUGAGGCAACAUUUCACAUACCAGAAUCAAGCCGAAAAUCAGGAUCACCACCAGCUAUGGAAAAGUUGGUUGAUUUGACUAUUGAAGAAAAAGAAACUAUUAAGAAGAAGGCAACGUUACGAGAUGUGUUGGGUAGGUGA